AUGGAAACAUGGGCCGCCGACUUCGUCUCGCUGCCGACCUCUCACGGCAUCAGCAAGCUCUUGGUCAUCAUCGACUACUUUUCGCGCUUCACUUGGGCGUUUCUGGUGCGCGCCACGACUGGAAAGGAGGUUGUCAAAGCGCUCGCGUCGCUACGCAAGGCGCUCGGACACCUGCCGCACACGCUCGUGACCGACGGAGGUUCCCAUUUCGACUGUCAAGAGGUCGCGAUCUACCUUGAGAGCGUCGGCACCCUGCACCACAUCACGCCGGCAUACGCCCCAUGGGUCAACGGCAUGGUUGAGCGCGCCAACCGCUCCCUCCUCGACAAGUUGAAGAAGCUGUCCGCCCCCGCCGAGAUUCCAACGAGCAAGACCGCACCCGCGCAGUGGCUCUCAAAUCUCGACGAAGCUCUCCGCGCCAUCAACCGGCACCCUAUGAAAGAGCUCGCCGAUCUCUCACCGCUCCAGCUGCACUACGGCCUCACGCGCUAUCCGCGCGAGGAUCUUGUUGCCGCGACCAUCGAGCCUACCAUCGACCAGCGACAGCUGGCACGCGCAUUCGUCGACGCCGACCGCGAGCGAGCACAGCUCCGCCAUCUCGGCAGUCAAGAUCGGCAGCUGCGCACAUCUGCACCUUGA